AUGCUCAGAACCGUCGUCGUCUUCGUCCUCGCCUGUCACCUGGUUCCGACCCUAGCUUGCUACGGAUUCGGCUGCAACGGUGACUACAAAUUCACCAACUGUAAGACCAACGUCUGCCACUACGGACCGUACACGGGCUAUGACUGUCAAAAUGGCCUUUGCCUGCGCGUCUGUGUUGGUGGAAGCUGCUUCAACCCGGUAUUUCCUAACGUCGGCUACAUGGAUGGUGGAUUUCCAGGCGGUCAAGGCUAUGGAAUGCCCAAUUACGGUUACCCUGACUACGGAAUGAGUGGCUAUGACAAUAGUUUCUACCCUGGACCCGAGCAGUACUCUUCCGACUUCGGCUACAACCCCUACGGCUACGGACAGAACCAGGCGGCCGGUGGCUAUGGACGCGUUGCCAGCAGCAACAGACAAGGUCGCGAGAACUGCGCCGACGGCAAGUGUGGUAGCUACAAGUCGGGCGCAUCUGAGAGUUCCACGAGCAAGUCGUCAAACUGA